CGCUCCCUUCUCCCUGACACUCACUUCCAUCAACCUACCUCUCUCUAGCUCUCUCUCUAGCUCUCUCUAGGUCUCUCUCUUUAUGGAGUAUAAUGCAAGCUAUGCUCUCAACGGGAAGAUUAUGCUAUGCUCAGUGACCAUUCUCUUCCUUUUGGUACUCACCAUGGUGUGCUUCCAUAGCUGGCGGGGCUGCAUCCACAGCCACCACCGCCGUAACAGACGUCGCCGCCGCCAAGCUCGCCACCUAUUCAAUCACCUCGUUACACCCAACGCCACCAACUCUACUGAUCAAGGCCUCCCCCCCUCCGUCCUCAAAGCCUUAUCUACCUUCACUUACUCCCCCGUAACCCACGGCUCUCCGCUAGAAUGCGCCGUCUGCUUAUCGGAGUUCGAAGACGGCGAGCGUGGCCGAGUCUUGCCCAAAUGCGAACACACUUUUCACGUCCACUGCAUUGAUACGUGGUUCCGCUCUCGCUCUAAGUGCCCACUGUGCAGAGCACCGGUUCAGGCCGAUAUUUCGGCCGAAACGGAGAAUGAAUCGGCCGGUUCACGGACAGAGCCGGGUCAAAGGGAAUCGGCUGAAAUGGGUUGCUCUGGCUUUUCGCAGCGGGUGAGUCUUGGGCCCUCGGAUGGCCAUCGAAAACCGUUGGAGCUGGUGGGCAUAGCUGUGGAGGUGCCUAGGUUGAGAGGGUUGUAUGAGAUAGGUUCGGAUUCACCCGGUGUACACGGGUUCAAGUCUUCGGGUAAUCGGGUUCUGUCCAUGAAGAGGAUUUGGAGCAUAUAAGGGAAAAAGGAGACGACCAUCGAGAUAUGGGAGGUUGUUUCGUGUUAGCAGAAGCAGAGUCUUGGAACACGUGGCUAUAGAUUUUGCAUGCGUGGCAAAUGUACACUGUUUGAUCUUUGGUUGUUGGUUUGAGCUAAUUACCUCACUCUUGUGGGGAUGUAUAUAACUAAUUGACUACUUAAUUAUUCAAUACGGAA